CCCCUAGAUGGGUGCGUGACGUCAUUUAUGGACGGCCCCUUGUUGGCCCAUUCCACGCUCGCCAAAAGGCUGCCGAGGGGCUUUUUAUUUUUCACCGCGGCCCCUUUAAUCGUCGCGGUCAAUUCGUCGCGGUGCCCGGGCAAAAGCCUGCAUUAGGCCGCGAAUGGCCUUAACGGGAGCGAGCGGAGCUCUCUCGAAAUUCACUUCUCGGUUGCGUUUUCGCCGUUAAUUUAAAUAACAACAAUAACAACCCGUGCCUCGAUGAAAGUGGUCUCGAUGCACGUCUUAAGGCGGCGGAAAGUGGGCAGACUUCGCGGCACGGUUGAGGAUUUGUAAGCGCGGUGAAAACAAACAAAAACCCAUCGUCCGGACUUUGUUGACGUCCCCGUUGCAAGGGCGUCCGCCACUAUUGAACGUCUCACGGGCGGGGGUCGCUCACGAUGACCGGGUUCAAAGAUAUCGACGAUGUACUUAAACGCAACUCUUCCCGUGACGGUCACCUCGGCGCCUCCUCGCCUCAGCCGCAGGAGGGGUCAUUUGUGCUGCUCACAGAAGACCAGACAGAUGGAGGAUUUCUCAUCCAUCACUUCCUUUCCUCCUACGUAAAAGAUGGCUGGAAAGUGUGUUUCAUUGCGAUGGCUCAAUCUUUCCACCACUACGCAACAGUCGCGCAAAAACUGGGUGUGAACUUGGGCUUGGCGCGGCGCGACGGGCAGCUCGUGGUGCUGGAGGGACUCACCGCGCUACGGGACCUCGCCCUCGACCGAGUAGGGGAGCGUGCCGAGCCGGCCUUCCCCUGCAGUGUCCUGCGCCCAGAUUCUGAAAGCCUGCGGGAUCUCUACACCUCUGUUAAGCACUGUCUGUUGUCUUCGGAGCCCGGGUCCCCGGUUCAACGCCCGGUCCUCAUUGUGGACAGCGUGAACUCGCUCUCCACCCUGGGCUUCUCCGUGCCGGCCACGCUCGCAUUCCUCCACUACUGCCGCGUGCUGCUCAAUCACACACUUCACGGCGAUGUGGUGGUGCUUCUCUCGGCGGACUCGGACGUAGACGACGCCGAUGGAGUCACACUGCACCGCUCCGUCGCGCACCAGGCCCACACGGAGCUGUGCGCCCAGGCCCUGCCCAGCGGAGCCGCGCGCGACGUCGAUGGCCUGCUGACAGUGUGGACGCGCUUUCCGGACCAGGCCCUGCCCCACGCCUCUACUCGGAGCCGCUACCGUUACAAACUUCACGAUCGAGGACUCACCCUGUCGCCUGCACUCGAUUCCUGACGACCGCAGUGGAAAAAGCAGCAGCAGCCAUGGUGGUGGCACCGUGGCGGUGGUCGUGUGGGCGGGGUGGCGGUGGUCGUGUGGACGGGGUGACGUCUUGCCUCGACGCACGGGACUUUGUGGAAUGGGACACGUCGUUUGUAUGUGGGUUAUGGAGCCACGUCCUGCUGAUGAGUAUCGUCAAAGACUAUACUACGGCCUAGGAUUUAUUGUUUUUUCUGCAGAACUCUGAUGUUUUCAGGGUGUACCACGUGUUUUUCAGCAUGGCGCCCUGCGUUUCGAUCCUGCAGAAGCUCCCAAAAUGAGGAGCGCAACGUCGGACAUCAUGUCACAACACUCCAAAGAUUAAUCAAAGAGCAGUUAUCAUAGCUUAAUUUCAGCCAGAAAAUCACGUUCAGUAAACUUCUCACAAUACUAUCUACAUUAUCAACAACAUUGUACUAUAAUCUUCACUACCUAUGUUAUUAUCACCAUUACUCUCAUAAUUACUACUAUAACCAUCAUUCCCAUCAUAAAGUUCAAUAACAUCACCAUUACUAUAUUCACCAUCACUAUGUCCAUUGUCACCACUAUCACUAUAAAAUCCACCACCAUUAUUAUCACGAUCACGAGCAUCACCUGCUCUAUCACUACUUUUUUCCACUUAACACAGAUUUUUGUAGGCAGUAUUACGAUUCGAAAAUUCACGUGGGUUUGACCAUGUAAUGAUCUCCAAAUAUGUGUUGUGUUGUGAAACCCUCCACCAACCAAACAAUUAAAAUUGACACAUGUAUAAGUCUUUGUUACAUCAGUUAUUGUUUUUGGUCACCAGCAAUAUGAUGGGAAAUAUUCACGACAAAAUGUGACAAUAGGCAUGAUGCUUCAUUUGUAAAUAUGCCAACCAUCAAGAAAAAUUACAUAACUCAAAUGUGUCUUGAAUGCUGGAAGUUUCCCCCUAAUGUUUAGCAUAUUUCCAAAUGAAACAUCCUUUUUAUUAUUACACGCUUUUAUUUAACUCACUGUUGUAUACUCAACUCUCUGUCGUAUCAAAUCUUGUAACUCAAUUUUAACCCACUUCCCAAUGUGGUAUCGACUGCAAACUUGGUAUACGUAUGGCAUACUGAUGACAAUACUAUAUUAUAUCAUUCAAAAUAAAAUAUUUUUAAGCAA